AUGGGCGACUUCCCGCCGCCCGAGCGCACGAGCGUCAAGGCCUCCGAGCUCGUGCAUCGCGCCGUGGACAAGAGCUAUGAGGACUUCCGCACUCUCAUGCACCAGCUGCCCACGAUGCGCGAGGAGGAGCGCCGCGAGCCGCUGCUGGCGCAUCUGCAGAGCUCCCGCAAGCGCUUUGCACAGAUCCUGGCGGUGCUCAAGUGGUCGGUGCAGUCGCCGCUGCUGCAGCAGUGCGACACGUUGCUGCAGCAGACGGAGAGCUACCGCAACAACGUGAACGAGACCAACGACCGACUGUUCUUCAUGCACGCGGAUCUCAACCGCGCCAAGGAGCGGCGGUACGACCUGAGCACGGCCGUGGACGUGCUGUAUGGAGGCAGCUACCUGCGGCUGCCGACCAUCAUCAAGAACGCCAUGUUCCCGCGCGAGCUGCCCGAGGUGGAUACGGAACAGGCAGCGACGGAGGUGGCGGAUAUCAUCCGCUUCCGAUUAAUUGAGGCAGAGAUCCCAGAGCAGUUCUCCAACAUUAAGCUGGAGGGGGGCUUCGUCACGUGUCAAGCGGAAGGCGAGUUCGAGAUCGUGCUGACAAUUCAGGGCAAGGAGAAGGACGCCAAGUGGAGGGUUAUCAGCGUGAACACGGCGCUCACGGACUCGCAGGCCUUUGAAGACCACUCGCAGGCGGCGUCGACGAGUGCCUUGCGCAUCAUUCGGACAAAUGCGCCCAACGCGGCGCACUAUAACCACUUGAAGAACCUCGUGCAGCGCGCCAUGAACAAGUCGGAGAAGCCAUUUGUAGACGCGUUUCAGGUGAUGCGCGAGUUCUGCUCGUCGCUGGCGCUGCAGAUUCUGGCUUCGCAGGGAAAACUACUCAUGGAUGGUCGCUGGAAGAAUCGUAUCAUGAUCAAGCACCAUCGCGACCAGAAUGUGUUGGAUAUUUGCUACUGGCCCAAGGCUUGCACGUGGAAGGAGGCGCAGGCGCUGACGGAACAGCAGCGGCUUCUCCAACAAUUGAGCGAUCCGGUUGCAAACGCUCGAAGGGGCUCCGCGCUGCCGUUUCCCGAGUCGAGCUUGUGUGUACGCCUGGGUUUUGAUCCGAACAAGAAGAAGCUUCUGUCCGUUACUCUGAGUCCUUCGCUUCCGCCGAACCUCCCGGGAUAUGCGGCACUACUGAGCGCUUUGGAGGUGCCGUCCAACAUGUUCUUGCUGAGUGCCGAAAACUUGCUGAUCGCGGCAAUGCGCGCUCACGUUUCGGCAGCUCUUUUCUCGAUUGGCAGGCAACUUGUUGUCGAUUCCCCGGAUGACAAGGCUUCUACGCAGCUGGUUUCGGGAGAAGAUGUGUCCAUGGUCUGCUCGGAUACAAGUCUGCGGAUUGCACGGGCAGAUAUUGGCGGACUGCAGCAGUUUUUGGAAGUGACGUUUGACAUUCGCGAGGGUCGGUUUAUUGUGAGCUCGGUCGCUGCGGCGAAACAUUCUGCGCUUUAUGUCACGGUAAAGCAACUGGAACGGAUACUGAACACGCAGUGCAAGAUCGAGCUGGGAGGCACUGUUGACAAGUCGUUCCCGAAUGAUUUUGCGCUUGUCUCUGGUGACGGAAAGGGUGACAAGUCCAAUGAACUCAUUCACGCUAGUGUUCGAAAGGUGCUGUGCGAGAUCGUGGCUGACGAAGUUGCCCAAAUUGGGUCCUCCUUUAAGGGCAUUGAAGUACUGCGCAGUGUUAACUUGAACUGGGAGCGAUAUCUCGCAUUCCGACAACAGCACGGCGGCCAGACUGAGGAUUUGACGAUUUCGGAAACGGCACUUUAUUUCCAGCUGACAUCGUCCAAGGAAUCUACGUGCUAUCUGGUUAUCGAGAUCAAUAAGUAUGGUGAAGUGGACGGCAUGAAUGGAAAUGUCCAUGAAGCAGCAGAAAUUGAGGAAUACGUGCGAUUGCCGUGCUUUUCGUUACUGCAGACGAGUGCAGGGAUGCCAGGGCAGCCAUCAGGCGUGCAAUUUAUCCAGCGAUUUGGAGCAUUUAAAAAGGAAGAUUUGCAUCCUUCUGUCACUCGUCACAAUGAGAUUAUCGUGAACGGUCUUCGUGGUGGCAGCCGAAAGCGCCCUUACGGCUCCAGUGGCAAUGCUUUGGUUGGGAACAGCGUACGAUCAACGAAAAAGGCGAUGCUUGACGGCGGCCGAGUACAAGAAAUUACCGGGUAUUGGCUGGAUGAUGCCGAGCAGCAAGCGGUCUCUCGCAAUUUUGUUCCGCACAUCGCAUCGGUGCUACUGCACGCGAUCAACAUGUGCAGCGAGAGGAUUCAAUUGCAGCACUUCGUGAACUUUGCCAGACGGCGCAAGUCGAGGAUUCGUUAUUCAGGCGAAGCUGGCACAUCGAACGGAAAUGGCACGGGUGGCCAAGUGGUAACGCUGUCUUUCCCGGAGAAAGUCAACACGGAUCCAUUGAAGAUCAUUGCGAUCCAAGGUCACCUGAAGCAUGGCGGGGGUUUCGAGCUGUGCCUUCAGCUUGCUUCACCACCGUUUAAGUUCAUUCUCCCGAAGGAACCGAAAGAGCACUUGCUAUCGGAGCGUUCGCACUACGUCAACCCCCGAGGUCAAUUGAUCUUCAAGUACCCGACAACGUUGGUCACGAGUGAACUUUUCAGUGAAAAUCCGCUGGAGAUGUUCAUGGUCGAGUUGAUUUGCGUCGUAAGACCGCUGUGUGAGCUCGCUGUAAAGCUGGAGAAGAUGCUUACCCCCGUUGGCCGCUACACCAAUGACAUCAAGAGCGACGGACAUUUUUACGUUGAAAGCGCCGAUCCGUUCGCGAUUGUGUUGGCUUGCCGAGCGCCCAACCCGAGACAUUGCAUUGCUGCUGGAUCAUCACCGGAUGGCAUGACGACGUACCGCGUGACCGUGCAGUUCAAGCAGAAAAUGGGCUUUGUGGUGAACUACAGCCACAAGGCCGAACAUCCAUUGAUGCACUUCAUCCAAUCGGCGCUGAAUGGACACAGUGACCCGGCACAAUUUGUUGAGGCCUUAGAGCGCACGUGCAUCCCGAUGGGCAUCUUGGCCAGCGUCGUCGAGUCUCAGCUACUUUGCGCCAAAUACUACCGCCAAGACCCACCGCCAAACACAAAGGAUGGCGCAGCAAACGGCGGCCCCAAGGCGUUUGGUCGAGGCAAGAUGGGUGGAAAGGGAAUGAAGCUGGGCUACAAGUUUAAGCUUCCAGGAGAGGAGAAGGGCUACUACGCUGAAAAAUCUUACGGUGGUGAUGACAAGUCCUUCGUUCCUGCCGAGCUGGUGAUGAUCCCACGGUCGCAGACGCAGGUUCGCUUGUCUUACGGCGACCGGUGCGCCGUAGAUAUUUAUUUUCUGGAGAAUCAUUCGGUGAAGAUGCAGACCUCGUCAGGAGGUGUGCGUGUACCUAGCUGCCCGUCUGAGAAAGGUAUUGUCAUGGACUGCCAGAAUUUUGCUGACAAGUUACGCAGCACCCUGUCGGAGAUGGCGUCGGCCUAG